UUCAACAAAAGGCUUCCCCAGUUUACACCGAACCAGUUUCAAUCCCUUUCAAGUUUUCACUGUUAUCAAUGGAAAAACUCAGCCCGAACGAUCUUCCUUUCUUCCUUGCCAAGUUUGACAAGGCGGGGAUUAACGACACUGAAUUGGAGAUACCAUUGUCAUUUUCUAACAAAUACAUGGUAGAAGACAACGAAAAACAUGGUUCGGUUCACUUGGACGGUUAUAACCGAAGCUGGGAAGUUUCUAUCAAUGCUCACGGACCAUUCUAUAGAAGACUUGUAGAAGCAGGAAUGGGUCAAUUUCAGUUUCGCCUGAAGUCGUACCCGUGGAUCAGGGAUGACGUCGAGCUAACAUGCAACAAUCGGAACUACAUCAUAUUUGGAGCUGGUUGGCAGGAGUUUGUGGAGGCCUAUGAAAUCCAUCCCAACGAUUGGGUUCAUCUGAGGUUCGUUCCAGAAAGUCGCAGCAUUGUUGUGACAGCAUUUCGCUGGACAGAUAGGGUCCGCUAUGCUGCCACUCAAGCACCUGUGCCAAGCCUUGAUCCUCAUCCAUCUUCUUCUUCUGAAAGUACAUAA